AUGGACCAAUCAUUCUCAAAGCAAACAUUAGUUCGAGUUGCUGACUUAGAUUUCAGAGACUUCCUGGAUUUUCCACAGCCAGCCCCUCUUAGAAUUCCUGAGAUUUCCACAGAAACAGAAGAGCCUCUUUCCACAAGGAAAUCGACUUCCGGCCGCAAACAAAUUGUCGACACCAAGAUCCUCAACCGUUUUGAAAGCCUCUCUAAGCCAAAGCCUCCUAAAAAGGAGUACCUCCGUUGCAAAAUGAUAAGAGGACACAAGCGUGUGAACCGGCAGAUUGAAAAAGGUACCCUUCCUCAGAAGACAUUAAAUGUCUUCUCAGAAAAAGCUCAAAGCUACUGGGAUCAGCUCACAAAAUGCUUCCAUCAGUACAGAUCCAUCCUGAGUGAAGAAAGCAAAACUGAAGCAGGCCCUAAAACUGAUGGAAAAGCUAAGCGAAAGGGCGAAGAAAAUGAUCUUCCUAAGAGCUUUAAUGGGAAAUUUUGCAAGAAAUAUUUUGAGCCUAUACAGGUGAGAGAGUCUUAUUUCUACUACACAGAGUACAUUUUUUCAGAAUUCGACCCAGAUGUUCUAUGCAAAAAGUUCAAGCUGAGAUGCUGCAGAGCUCCUCAGCACUCUUCAGAAUGCAUGAACAGCUGGAAGCUACUGAAGUUUUAUGUUCAAAAAAUCAUGCUCGAUAACAUAGGUAUAGAGCCAUGGAUGUCUUUAGAAAGCACAGAAGCUUCAAGUUAUUCUGAUUCAGGAAAUGAGAACCAUGCUGAAAAAGGUAUAGAUGAGGUCAUUGAUAUCUGCUAUAAUGAAGAAAUCAAGGACGAACAGUUUUAUUCAUUUCGAGAGGUGGAUGAUGGGGAUUUCGAUCCAGAUUUGUUCUUUGGAUUGUAA